CACUCAUCUGUUGGAAAUCAGCCCUUCUCCUGGGGAAAAAAGCUUCCUGUAACUUCCAGAACAAGCUCUGCAGAUAGUGAAGAAACCAAAAGACGCCGCUGGACUGGGAGAGUCAGGCAGAGUUCCUGAGACCCCCUUCCCCUGCGCAGGAGCACCAAACUCUCUGUGUCUGAUUCUUUCAGACGGAGUUGUAAGCAGUGCAAAAAUCUCGCUCCCUGGUGUUGGAUAUGCCGUGGCUCCUGAUGCUGACGCUGCUCCUGCCUACGUGUUCUGCUUCAUACAAAGGCCCCACUGGGCUCAGCAAAGAGGAAGGAGAUCUCCUGGACCGGCAAUAUGCUGCUCUAGGGCUUGCCGAAGUGGUCUUGCAGUGCCCCAUCCCAGAAGGUGUAUCCAUGGUGGAGUGGCAAAAGAAUGGCAUAGCAGGGCCCAUUUUGAAAGCAUCAGUGCAAGAAGAUGGCAAACUGGCCCUGUGGAACACCAGCCUGUCUCAGGAGGGAGAAUACAGUUGCCACGAUCCCGCGACGGGGCAGGCGCUGCACAGAGUUCAUCUGAAGCUGGGCUAUCCACCAGAGAAACCUUCUGUCCAGUGCCUGUCCAGCAGCUACGCCAGCGCUGUCCGUUGCGCCUGGAAACUGGAAACAGAGACUCACUUGGACACUUGGUUCGUCACCACUUACAGGCACGGCAUGGAUGGAGAGGAGCGUGACUGUGUGCAGCCGGGAACAGGGACCAACAGCUGCUCCAUCGCUGACGUGCAACUGUUCUCCAUCGUCCCCUACGUGUUGAACGUGACAGCCGUGAACCCUCUGGGAACCGCGACCAAACUUUCCCCCUUCCUUAUCAGUCAGAUCAUCAAGCCAGAUCCUCCAGAAGACUUGAAGGUGUCUGUGAUCCCGAGAGUGAGUAGGAAGCUACGUUUGGAAUGGAAGCCUCCCAGCUCCUGGCUGUUUCCUGAGUACUUCCCCCUCAAGUACGUGAUCCGUUACUCGAGGGACGGGAUGAACAGCAGCAAAACGACCCGGCCUUCCGAGCAAACCUCAUUCGUCUUGACGGGGAUCCGUCCAGGAACCACGUACCAUGUCCAAGUGGCUGCAAAAGACGACCUCGAUAAUGGCGAAUGCAGCGCCUGGAGCUCCCCAGCCUCUGGAACAGCCUGGAUGCCCCCGUGAUGGGAUGAGAGAGCAGCUCAGGUCUCCUGGCUCUCACGUUUGUGCCUCCCCCCGCCCCCCCAUAAGCAUGGCCAAGACUAUUCUGUGGUUCUGUCUCUGUGGGAUCCACACAAAAUUUGACCGGAAAAAAAUCCAAGUUUCCCAUAGGGAAACCUCUCUUUCCUUCUGUCUGUCAAACUAGUUUCUAGGCCCUAUGGCCCCAGAGCUAAGUUUUAAAAAACGAGCAAGCAGGGCUCAACUGCCACACGUGGAACUAAUAAAUAUAGCAGAAUCUAUGAUGUCUUUUAAAAAUAGUAACAAAAUAGCUUCAGCAGCUUUGAAUCAAAUUCCCUGAUUUUUCAUUCCUGUUUUGGCAAACCUGAGCAACACCUUUGCAGAGCUCUUCAUGGACCUUGUGCUGCCUGUACUUGCAGUCCAUGUGCAGAGAAACACUAACAGUCCAUCUCACCUCUCGACUAUGUCAUGCCUUGGCAAAGAUCUGUCCUUAGGGUUUUGAGAGAUGUUCGGUUUUGAACUGGACACUCCGGGGUUUGUGCUUGCUGUCUGGAAAAUAAAUUUAGAAAAGACCCGA